AAAACUCCUCAAAAUCUGUUUCGUGCAUUUUUUAGUUACUGGAAAACCUUAUUUUGUUUCCUCACCUGUCGAAAUCAUUAACUGUGUGUGAUGUUUCAUUGUAAUUGCCAUUCGAAUGCCAUCAUGGGAAUAUAAUUGGCUGAAACGUCAAGCCGGUUUCCAUGGAAACAUGUCGGGUCGUCGCCGGGCUCAUCUUGUCGGCCUCGUAUGAGGUGAUGAGGGACUUUCGCCAAUGAGGCAAUAAUCCCGCAUCUUUUAAAACAUUGACAGUAAUUUCAUAGAUAAAGAAGAGUGGUCUUUAUCUGUGAUUUCAAAUAAAAUGGGAAACGAAAGAAUACCAACAAGGAUUUACGACGACGUUGCAUCGACUUCAUCUACAAUCGCGCGAAUGAAUGAAGGUUCUAGAAAGCGCAAAGCACCUUCCAGUCCAAUACCAGAUGAUAAUUCACAUUCACCGCUAGUUGUGGCCGAUGACAAAGAUGAUGAAGGGAGAGAAGAUGAGGAGGAAGAGAAAGAAAAUGGUGGCGAUGAAAUAGAUGACGAGGAAGAAGGCAACGACGAAGAAGAAAAUGGGAUCUCUCCAGCAUGGCCCAAGAGUGACGAUUGCGAGCUCUUUAAGCGUAUCCGAAAAGCAUGUCCAAAAGAUGAUGCCAUCAAGUACGAAUCGCGUGUCAACCAUUUGAACUGGGAAUCUAUUAAAUUUCAAGAUUAUUCUGCAGAAGAGUGCAAAAAUCGGUGGUUACAUGUUCAAACUCAUUUGAGGAAUUAUCGGAUCCUUGCCGAAGUGUUAGAAGAUGCUGAAUCGUGGGUAGAUGGACCAUGUUAUAAUAACUUAAACAAAAGAAGAAAGAAUAACCAGAAGUGUCCUGAUGAUCAGCCUAAAAAGCCAAGAACUUCCUACAUGUUGCCCUCCAUGAAACCAAAAGAUGCUGUUUUGGAGAAGCCAUCUGGUCUGGAAGUGAAAAAUGUUAUGGCUCCAAAAACACUGAUAUCCCCUGCUUUGGCGGCCAGUAGUCAAUUGUUAUUCAAAGCAGGAAAGAUGACUGAACCACUUAAACCACCAACGAGUGCUGCUGCUUAUUACGUUAUGACGCAUAAGUCCAGAUUUGGUGAACGUACUCCUGAUGAAAUCGAUUUUGUUUGGAUAAAGUUGUCUGUGGAAAAGAGGAAGAAGUGGAUUGAAGAACACUCAAAGAAGUAUGAAGAUUAUGUUUUGGAUAUGAUCAAAUUCGCCCAGACAUUGAAUCCAGCCGAACUUAGAUCUUUCCGCAUAUUUAUGAAGAAUCGAGCUCGAGGUCUGGAGGAUGGAGAUAAAAAUAGUCAAUGCACUUCCGCAUCUUUAAAAUCCUCAGAGGGUUCCAGUGAUUCUCCGCCCAAAAAACCCGCGUCAAGUGCUGAUUCAAAAUCUGCCAAGUCACCUUCGAAAAUCCAGCCAUCUGUGAAUGCCAAUGUGAAGUCAUCAACAGAAAAAGAGGUGGCUAGUCAAUCGUUAUUCAAAGCAGGAAAGAUGACUGAACCACUUAAACCACCAGCGAGUGCUGUUGCUUAUUACGUUAUGACACAUCAUUCCAAAUUGGGUAAUCUUACUCCUGCUGAAAUUGAUGCUCUUUGGGUAAUGUUGCCUGAGAAAGAGAAGAAGAAGUGCAUUGAAGAACACAAAAAGAAGCAUGAAGACUACGUUCGGGACUUUGAAAAAUUCAUCAGGAUAUUGAAUCCAGCCGAACUUAGAUCUUAUCGCACAAUUAUGAAGAUUCGUGCUCGGGAUGAGGAAGAAGAAGUUCAAGAAAGUUCUGACGAAGAAAGUUCUGAUGAAGAAAGAAAUGACGAAGAAAGAAUGUUGUGAACCGACUCGUUUAAAUGAAACAAGUACAAUGAACAAGUAACGCUUUCUCCGGCGAUGACCUUCUAAUUACCUCGGAAGAAGACUAAACGGGCUGAAAAUGUACCAUUUAAAAGUGUUUAAUUGAAGUGUUAAAUGUUUCAAAAGUACCUAUCAAAUAGUUAAUGGUCGUCAAAUUGCAUGGUGUUGCACAUCCGACAAUUCAGAAUCUCUUUAGACCCUUAAAAUAAAAUGCUCAAACAAA